AUGACACAACACGUAAGAAUCGGGUCGUUCGCCUGGGUCUCGCAGGCGUUCGAGCAGCUGGACAUGCUCCUGGUGUCGCACCUGGUCACAUGCACUUUGAUUCUCAUGCGUUCAGUCCCUGCUUUCUUGACAGCUGCGCGGCCUGCGCAUCGGAUCACUUCACGGUCGCCUGUCAAGGAGGAGCCAGCAGUGGAGCCACCGAGGAAGCGUCGCAAGACCAUGAAAGAUCUUCUUGAUGAAGAUACAGGUGUGCAAAGCAUGUACGACGCGCUGCUGAAGGCCAACGAAGCUCAAAGGCGCUUGCACUCUGUCGAGGCUAUCGAGCAGAUCUUCGCGCUCGCGCACGAGUGCACAGACGGGGACGCACGCAAAGUCAUCGGUCUGGUUGGAGCACUGAGCUUUGAGCUGCACUCCAGCCUAGCGGCUAGAGCGCUCCUGUUGACAGUGGCGCGUUGGACCAUCAUGGCCGGCAAGCUUGCAGGCCUGACUUCCGCAGCCGUGCGUGAGAGUGUCACGCACAUCACGAAGAUGGCUUAUGGGAAGAUCUCUUCGAAGCUGGCUUUUGAGCAGAUUCUGGCCCUCAUUGCAGACGCGCUUCCACAGUGGAAGUCUGAGUUCAAGGACACUUAUGCUGUUGACGUGGACGAGGUGGACACCCCCAGCACCGUGGACCCGGCCACUGCCAUGAAAGCAGUCAACUUGCGAAAGACGCUGGGUCCCGUCGCGCAGGCCAAGGCCAAGCCCCCUUGCAAAGACUUUGCAGGAGGCGCCCUGGCAAAUUCUGGCCCCAGACAGCCCCCACACCCAUGCUGA